CGUAAGCGUUGUUAGUAGGAAGAAGAAGCCGAUUCUGGAAGCCAUUACGUUGCGCACAUCAAUUGAGUAAAUCCUACUAUUUUUGCGUACUAUACGCACAAGUGCCUCUUCAAAAGAGGAAUUUCUGCAAUUAUGGCAUCGGUCGCGAAAAAGAGAAAAAUGAAUUUUUCGGAGAGAGAGGUGGAAAUUAUUGUGGAAGAAAUAGAGAAACAAAAGCACACACUGGUUAACCACUUCAAUGCUGGAGUCACCCACAUGGCAAAGAAUAACGCGUGGGCGGAUAUCCUGAAAAAGGUGAACGCCGUCACCACCUGUCCCAGAGAGUUGUCCGAGGUGAAAAAGAAGUGGUCUGACAUGAAGACGGAGGUCCGGCGGAAAGUCGCCCAGGCGCGGGCUGCUAUAGAGGCAACCUCCGCUGACUGCACUCCAGUUCCCGUCAUCCUCACUGCGAUGCAGCAGAGGAUCUGUAACCUCCUGGGGGAGGCCACUAUCAUCAGCUUACCUGCAGGAGACUCGGAUGCUGAGAUAACUUUACCUGUUACAGUCAACGCCGCCACCACCGUCACACUGGCAGAGACCCUUCCAGCUGGCUCAGGUACAGUCUGUGAUGAAACGAAGCCACUGAACACUGAAACAACUUACCACACCCUGGAGGAUGGAGGUGUGGUGGAGUAUUGCACCACCACUGUAAGCGACUCCACUCCCACUGUGGUGACAGCCGUUGAGGCUCCAGUGGAGAUGCUGGCCUCAUCCUCAGCUUCCCCGCCUCCGCCACAGGGUCAGGCCAAACCUCAGGAGCUGAAGAGCCGCAUCGCUCUCAACUCAGCCCGUCUGCUGCAGGAGCAGAGAGUCACCAACGUCCACAUUCGACAGAUUGCCCAGCACCUGGAGGGCCAGAACGAGCUGCUGCAGAUGAUGCGACGCUCUCAGGAGGCACAGGCAUUUGCCCAGGAAAGACAGGCCCAGGCCCUGGAAGGUACCCAGGCUGCCCUGCUAGCAUUAGUGCAGAUGCUCAGGCCUGCCCUGAAAGACCUGCGCAAAUUCCUGCAGAGUGGGACAGAGGUCGCAAAUUCCAGCAGCUUGGCAGCAGGAGCAACAGCUGACGGAGCUGGAACAGAGGAGCAGAGCAGGCCUAAAACACCUCCACCUCCUCCACAACAAGCUGAGGAGACACAAUAAAAACUGUGUCUGUGUGCCUGUUUGUGUAUGUUCGUGUGUUCGUGUGUGUGGCACUGCCUCCGAUCUGCAUUGUACAUAGAGGCGUCCAUGCACAUAGACUUAAAUGUACAAAGAAAAGCCUGUCAAAAGUUGCCUUGGGUUGAGCGUGUACAGAAUUUAACAUAUGUUUUAUGAUUCAGAAAAAGGUUAUGUUUUACACAAUACCUUUAGUUUUUACCUUCCGUCAGUAAUUAGCAGUGAGAGUAUGUUAUGUAAUACAUUGGAUUUGAUAAUGAAAUUAUGCUCUUAAUGCAAAGAUGAAGGCAGUCACAAUCCCAAUGUGGGAUAAACAUUUAAUUCUUAGUUCCUUUAAGUCAUCCUGCAGUUUUCCCUGAAUGAAGAGUAAUCCAUUCUUUUUUAAAGACCAGAGUCAGCUGGAGUCUUUAGUUAGUGUGCACUUUGUCUUCAGUACUGAAUAAAAUUUGAGGAAAA